AUGACCGGCCACCUUACCCGGUGCCAUGGCAGUGCUGCGCCACCGUCAUUUUGCCUUGUCACCAGCAGCGUCGCCAACAGCAGCUGCCACCAGCAGCAACAGAGGAGAAACCGAAAGAGAAACAACAGUUUUUGGGGGAGACAAAGGAGAGAAAGCGAAAGCAUACAGGGGGAAGAGAAGAACAGAGACUGGGCGUCACUGCACAGAGAAGAAGAAGGACCAUUCCUCACCCCCGGGCUGGGCACCACCGCUGUGCUUUCUCUCCACCGUGACCUUCGGCCACCACCAUCCAGCACCGCCAUUCCGCCACCAUCAACGCUGCCAACGCCAGCAGAACCAGAGAGGGAGAAGAGGAACAGAACAGAACCGAGAGAAAGAAAACCAGGGGAAGAGAAGAACCACAGCGGGAAGAAGAAGAACCACCGCAGCAGCCUAGAACCCGCAGAGCCCUCCGCGAACCACCACCGGUCCUUUCUUCACCCCGACCUUGAGCCACCGUCAACGAAAAAGGAAGAAGAGACCUUGUUGACAGAGGGAACAAAAAACAGAGGAAGAAAACAGCACAGCGAAGCAGAGGAGAGAAGAAGAAAGACCGCCGCCUCAGCCACCGUGUGCCACCACCGCUGCCCUUCACGGCGGCCAGAUCACCGCCAUCGCAGACAACCAGGACCAACAAUUAGAAAACGCGACCAAACCUUAGAUUUUGAUCAGACAAAUAAAACAAUGCAGUUUACCUUAGAAAAAAAAAGAAAAGAUUUGAAAACUCUGUUGCAUAACGACACAAAGGUCACUCGCCAAUCUACAGGUGAUGCACGGAUGACCCAUAACAAGACAUGCAUGCUCCCACUUGAUAGAAACUUGCAUAUUUGCAGGGCUGAGGCUGCAGCUGCAGCUGAUGGACAGCCUUUGUUUGGUGAAGAAACUGAUAAACCAAAGUUUUUGGGUAUUGAGCUUGCGACUUUCAAAAAAAUUAUCCCACUUGGGUUAAUGUUCUUUUGUAUUCUUUUUAACUACACAAUCCUUAGAGACACUAAGGACGUGUUGGUUGUGACGGCCAAAGAAGCAUUUGCUGAUAAACUUCUCAAUGUACUUGGCCCAAGGUUUCUUGGUCCUCUUGCAAUUAUGAGGAUUUGGACUUUUUGUUUGUUCUAUGUCAUGGCUGAAUUGUGGGGGAGUGUGGUGGUAUCAGUGCUGUUCUGGGGAUUUGCUAAUCAGAUCACUACUGUAGAUGAAGCAAAACGGUUUUACCCUCUUUUUGGACUCGGGGCGAAUGUUGCUCUGAUUUUCUCAGGCCGAACAGUGAAGUACUUUUCAAAUUUGAGGAAAAACUUGGGUCCUGGUGUUGAUGGCUGGGCCGUCUCCCUCAAAGGAAUGAUGAGCAUUGUGGUGCUGAUGGGGCUUGCAAUAUGUUUGUGUUACUGGUGGGUGAAUACUUUUGUUCCUCUACCAACCCGCAGUUUGAAGAAGAAGGAAAAGCCGAAGAUGAGCACAAUGGAGAGCUUGAAGUUCCUUGUGUCUUCUAGAUAUAUUAGAGAUCUUGCAACUUUGGUGGUUGCAUAUGGUAUUAGCAUCAACCUUGUUGAGGUUACCUGGAAAUCAAAGCUAAAGGCGCAGUUUCCCAGCCCGAAUGAGUACUCUGCCUUUAUGGGUGACUUUUCAACAGCAACGGGAAUAGCAACUUUCUCGAUGAUGCUUCUAAGUCAAUUUAUAUUUGACAAAUAUGGAUGGGGAGUUGCAGCCAAAAUCACACCCACAGUCCUGCUUCUAACAGGAGUCGGUUUCUUCUCUCUGAUCUUGUUUGGCGGUCCUCUUGCACCCACCCUCACACAGUUUGGGAUGACUCCUCUUCUUGCUGCUGUAUACGUGGGUGCUAUGCAAAACAUUUUCAGCAAGAGUGCAAAAUACAGUUUGUUUGAUCCAUGCAAAGAAAUGGCCUAUAUUCCGUUGGAUGAGGACACCAAGGUUAAAGGGAAGGCAGCCAUUGAUGUUGUCUGCAAUCCUUUGGGGAAGUCUGGAGGAGCUCUCAUUCAACAGUUUAUGAUCUUAACCUUUGGGUCGCUUGCCAAUUCAACUCCUUACCUCGGAGGAAUACUUCUGGUAAUCGUGUUUGCAUGGUUAGGUGCAGCCAAGUCUCUUGAUACCCAGUUUACUGCUCUGCGCCAGGAAGAAGAGCUCGAGAAGGAGAUGGAAAGGGCGGCAGUGAAGAUCCCUGUAGUGUCUCAAGAAGGUGGGAACGGCGCUCUUUCAAGUGGCACUGCACUCAAUCCAACAACAGGUGACCCAUCCAGCAGUUCAUCUGAACCCUCAUCUCCCCGUAACAUCUAGUAUAUGUCUUCCAUUCUCUGCCGAGGCAUUCUGGAAGAAUAAGGCGAACUCAAUGAGAAAGCGCUUGUAGGUGAAUUGAUUUGUUGUAGGAAUUUAUUUUUAGAAGAAGAACAAUCGAUAAAGGGUAGCAUGCAUCUUGCUGUUCUUUAAGUCAACUUUCUCCUUGACAACAGUGUCCGUCCAGUUUUUUAGUCUCUGUUGCAGAAUUGAAAAUGAAUAAAUAUUUAUAGAAAUCUGUUUUUUCACAAUAA